GUGAAUGGCAACAUCAUAUGUUUGGCAAAACGUGGAUUUCAUUUGCGGAGAACUUUUUAAACGGCAAUUUUGAAUUAAAAUGGGCAAGGAUCGCGGCAGGGGACGCAGGAACCAUCACUCAGGGCCCUACAACAAGAGCAACUGGCGUGGCCAGAAGAAGGAUCGCCCUCAAAACAAUGGAGGCCAACGCAACAAAACUACACCACAACAGAAAUCCACGCUGCGUGAGAACCAAGUGGGCAUUACAGAGUUCACCAAUCCGGAGGCACCUGGUUUCACGGGCAUCCUCAAGUCCCGGUUCUCUGAUUUUCACGUAAACGAGAUUGAUAGCACCGGAAAAGUCCUGGAACUUAAUGAUCUAAGUGUGCCAAAAGUGGCCAUUGUCGCUGUGGCCGAAAAAGAACUGGACAACUGGCGGCAGGAACUGGAGGCAGUGAUUGGUCCUGAAGAUUGGCAGGAUAUUGCCAACUUGGCGGAGGCCAAACACGACCCAAAGCUCGAUCAAAAGGUGGAGAUCGACGUUACAAGUCUGGACAAGGAGCAGCGCACACAAGUCCAUCAGCUAGUCAAGCAGCUUUACAAGGGUAAACUGCUGUCCACCACCAUUGGACAGCAACAGGUUAAACCCAAAGCACCAGAGAAUCCGCCCCUGGAGGAAAAGGAUGCUGCUAAGGAUGAAACACCAGCUCAGGAAGAUAACCAGUCACCAGGAGAGAAGAAAACUAUAAGGAUAAUUAAACCAAAGCCAGGACGUGGCGAUAAUAGAUGGAACUUUCCAGGGGAUUAUGUUACGUUCCUGGUGCACAAAACAAAUUUGGUGACCAGUGAUGUGGCCUCUACUCUGGCCGCACGAUUACAUCUACGACCUUCCCAGGUCAACUACAGUGGCAUUAAGGACAAGCGGGCCAAGACCACGCAGAAGUUCUCCAUUAAACGCCGUACGCCGGAGAGCAUCUUGAACGCAGCUCGCUGCCAGCGAAAUGUCCAAAUUGGAAACUUUGCAUUCCAGUCCAAUACACUCAAGUUGGGAGAUCUGCAGGGCAAUCGUUUCCGCAUCGCCCUGCGGCACAUAGCCAAGGAGAAACGGGGCGAGAUCGAAGUGGCUCUGGAAUCUCUGCGGGAACGGGGAUUUAUCAACUACUAUGGACUGCAGCGGUUCGGCAACAGUGCCAGCGUGCCCACCUAUGAAGUGGGUGUGGCCCUACUCAAGAGCGAUUAUAAACUAGCCUGCGAACUGAUCCUCAAGCCGCGCGACUCGGACGUGGAGUUCAUGCGUCCCAUCCGCGAGGAGUGGCUUAAAAAUCGCGACUCGGCGGCGGCAGCUGCAAAGAUCUACGGGGACAAGUUCAUUGAGAAGAAGCUGCUGGACGGCUUGGCUAGAUUUGGGGAAUCGGAUUACUCCUCGGCACUGCGGCAGAUACCACGCAACAUGCUUAUGCUGUAUCCACAUGCCUACCAAAGCCUGAUCUUCAAUAGGAUUGCCUCCAGAAGAAUUAGGGAGUUUGGCCUGAAGCUGAUACCGGGAGACUUAGUUUAUGUGGAGCAGGAGAAGUCUGUAGACGGUGUGGAGGAGCAAGUGCAGCAGACGGAGGAUUUGGAGGAGCAAAAGGAAGCUGAGACUUCCGAAGAUUUGCCAGAAACUGUUGAAGAGGAGGAAGCCAUCGAAGAGGAAUCGCUUUUCAAGCGCAAGGUUCGCCCACUAACUGCUGAGGACAUCGCCAGUGGCAAGUUCCAACUGUCCGACGUGGUGCUGCCUCUGCCGGGACACGACAUCACCUAUCCCAGCAACGAAUGCGGUGCCUGGUACGAGGAAAUGCUGGCCGAAGUGGGUCUCUCCUCGGAUCAGCUUAAGCACAAGGAGAAAACAUAUGCUUUAACGGGGGCCUAUCGCAAGAUGAUCAUAUCCUCCAGCGAUCUCAAGUGGAGCUUCAGGCUGUACAACACGCCAGAGGACACCCUGAUUGCCUCCGACUGGGAGCUGCUAAGGAACAUUCCAGUGACACCAGAGCCCGCUGAGGAUGAGGCUAAGUAUCUGGCACUAUUGCUGGAAUUCUCGCUGCCCACGGCCGCCUAUGCCACCAUGUUUCUGCGCGAACUCUUAAAGCAGGACACAUCCUCAGCCUCGCAAACGCAGUUGGAGAAGGAGGCCAUGUGUAAGGGGGAAACCGAAAAGGAGGUGGAAGCCAUGGAGGAGGAAGUGCAGGCAGCCAAGGAGGCGGAAAUUGAGGGGGAAGUGCAGGCCAACUGAGAUACCAAAAAUCAAUAUGCUAAGGGAAAUCAAUUUUACGCGCGCUUUGUAUCCAACUUCAAACCAACCACAACAAUAACAAAUGCGCACGUGAGGACAAGGGCUGCUCUCUCGAAUCCUCUCUUUCUCUCUCCCUCUCUCUUCGCUCUCUUCGGUCUCGCUCCCUUUCUGCCUGGGAGAGUCCUUUGGUCCUGUCCCUUUGGCUCUUUGGCUGGCGAUUUCAUUCGUUCGGUGGCCAGCAAUGUGAAAGCUCGAAACGACGCGCUGCGCAGUUUUCCCAGCUCAAAAGUCCAAGUCGCACGGUUUUCCACCAGCGUUCUCAAUGAAGAGCAAUAACAAACUAUCAAUUAACAAUAAAUAAUAAAAAACUGCGGUACCCCCAAAACCCAGGGACUCGAUCCAGUGCAUCCAACGGAGAUAUUAAAAGCAAAAUAAAUAAAAAACAAGGAAGAGAGCCAAGGUGAAUUACCAGUUAAAUGUAGCAUUUAAACGUUUUGGGCGCGUAUUUUGAAAACCCAUUUAUUUAGGCGUAAGUAUAUAAAAUCGAAUUGUUAACAAAUCAGUCUAUAAUUAUAGAAGCGGACAACAACAA